AUGCCAAGCCAGCCACAAGACUUGCGGAUUCGAUUACGGCGUCUUCACGAGGCGUUCAAGAAGGUUCUAGAUAAGACGUUCGAGGAGAUUCCUUUCGAAACGUUUCUUGAGGAAUUCGGUGAAGAAUGUUCAACCAAACAUCGCGACUAUCUCUUUGAACUUUACAAUCAACUUAUCUCCAUGACAAGGAGCAAUACCGAGGAGGAGUUUGGUGUCAUUGUGUUCCAAGCUGAUCUCGAAGACAAACUUGCGCGACUUCAGAGCAUGAUCGCGUCGCAACCGGAAGCUGGUGGUGGUGUCACAGUGUCUGAGCUGAGUCCGGAAGAUCUUGCGAGAAAGAGCAGGAUGGAUGUGAAGAAUGCUGAGAAGAAGAGGCUGGUAGAGAUGUUAGCAGCGCUGGACCAAGACAACGAUCAGCUCAGGCCCAAGUUCCAGUCCAUGUUCCAGGAAGUCACAGAGGCACAAGCAGCUCUGCGCAUGCGGAAGGAGUCGAUGGCUACGAUGCUGACCGCGUGUGCGGGCGUUGGGAAGGAGUAA